AGUAACCAGUGUCUCCUGUACCAUCAGAAGCUCCAGAAGUCACCUACUUGCUGCCUCAGCAGCGUCUUUGCCCACUGAACAGCCAUGAGAAGGCAACUCCGGUCCAGGAGGGCUCCAGCCUUUCCUUACGGUUAUCGCCACAGACUUGAUGAUCAGGAUGAAGUGAAUCAAAACUACUUAGCAGAUGAAGAGGAAGAAGCAGAAGAAGAGGCUCGGGUGAUGGUGGUGCCUGAUUUGGAGGAAGAAGAGGGAGAGAAAGAGGAGGAGGAAAGGAGUCAGGGCAAGAUGACAGGCAAUGCCUGGUGGCAGAAAUUACAGAUCAUGAUUGAAUACCUGUGGGAUCCGGAGAGAAGGAUGUCUCUGGCCCAAACAGGUCAGAGUUGGAGCCUGAUUUUAUUCAUUUACUUCUUCUUCUAUGCUUCUUUGGCUGCUGUGAUCACUCUCUGCAUGUAUAUGCUAUUUCUGACCAUCAGCCCUUACAUGCCCACCUUCACUGAGCGGGUGAAGACUCCUGGAGUUAUGAUCAGACCCUUCGCCCAUAGCCUUAACUUCAACUUCAACAUUUCUGAACCUGACACUUGGCAGCAUUAUGUGAUUAGCCUAAAUGGCUUUCUCCAAGGUUAUAAUGACAGUCUUCAAGAGGAAAUGAAUGUAGACUGUCCCCCGGGGCAGUACUUCAUCCAAGAUGGCAGUGACGAUGAGGACAAGAAGGCCUGCCAAUUUAAGCGCUCCUUCCUGAAGAACUGCUCUGGUCUGGAGGACCCAACUUUUGGAUACUCUACCGGACAGCCUUGCAUCCUCCUAAAGAUGAACAGGAUUGUAGGCUUUCGUCCUGAGCUUGGAGAUCCCGUGAAGGUUUCCUGCAAAGUUCAGAAAGGUGAUGAAAAUGACAUCCGAUCCAUCAAUUAUUACCCAGAGUCGGCUUCUUUUGACCUCCGCUACUACCCUUACUAUGGCAAACUGACUCACGUUAACUAUACUUCCCCUCUGGUGGCAAUGCACUUUACAGAUGUAGUGAAGAACCAAGCAGUGCCUGUAAAGUGCCAACUAAAAGGCAAAGGCAUCAUAAAUGAUGUCAUUAAUGAUCAUUUUGUGGGUAGGGUAAUCUUCACCUUGAAUAUAGAAACCUAAGAACUUCAAGAGACCACUCCUACCAGUUCUGUUUCUGUUUUAUCUUAUGUUAUCCCUGGUAGCGCCUGAAUUCUU